UUGCUAUAAAGUCAUCUGCCGAAUGUUUGUUUACUUAUCGUUGCGCAUGCGACUGAGAACACCGGAACCAUGCAUCCCGAAGGAUAUUAGAGACGUUCUUCCGGUUUGCGUCAGUUAUUACCGCUCGUUUUCGGUUAUCAGCAAAGUUUUAGUUUUGUGCUUAACUUAAUUGACAGCUUUGGUAAAUAGAAAGUGCGCGAAUUUUGAACUGAAAAUGGCGAUCCAUCUAAUGUGUCUUACUUCGAGCGGAGGCCUGCCACUGUUCACCCGAAAAAAAGGCGACUGCGACAAUCUGCCAUUUUCAACCGUUGCAUCACUAAAUGGCACUCACAUGUUCUGCAAAUCACAAGGCGUCCAGUUAAAGUCUACCCAUACUGACGACUGGAUUCUAGUCUGGAAAGAUUAUGAGAAUACGGUGACUUUAAUAGCCGCCGGAAAAGGAAUUACCGAAAAAAUGCUUUGGACCCUUCUGGAUCUUGUCUUCAACUCCUUCCUAUUGUUUGUCAGCUUAGAAGAAAUUCAAAUCCACAAAAACUUCGACCGCAUAAAGCGGGAAGCCAAGAGCUAUAUGCCAAUUGUGGACAAACUCCUCGACUACUGUGAAUCUGAACUUUUAGGCUACAGCGAUUGUGUCCUCGCCAAUGAAAAUGCACAAGUCUUGACGAGACUAACGGAAUUCAGUGUUCAGUUUGGAUCCUUAUUCUGUGCAGUUGUUGUUAACCAAAAGUUGGCGGCGGCCACUGAAGGCUGGUGGGACUUGGAUGUGGUUGAUCGAAAGCUACUGAUACUUUUGAUGAGUGUAUCAAAUACUUCACAAAAAGACGUUCCAGUUUUCCUACCGAAACGAAGCUCGAGUGUUGCAUACAGAUUCAUUGCGAUUCCGUUGAUGGGUACGGCAACAUUAUGCGUAAUUUGCGGUGCGGAGCCUGCCUACCAUGAAAUAGCUGCACUGGCUCAGCAGACAUUCAAAAAUGACCUGGAUAUUCUAGAAAGCAUUGACCGUUCUAUGCCGCGUAAUUUUCCUGAAUCGCUAGAAAUUGAUCCAAAUAUUCUUGGAGUCCUUCUUAUUAACAAGAAUUACAAAAAAUACGUAAUCUCAAGAAAUCUACAACAAAAUUCAUCCGGGAAAAGGUCAAUGUCUGGAUCCCAUCGAUUGGACAUACUGCGAACGUUUUAUAAUCAUGCUGUUGAUAUCAUAGAGGAGUUUAUUGCUGACGCAUCGAACGGCAGUUCCGGCAACAGUGACAAGUCCGCAAAAACAAAUGUUUUAGAAUCUUAUUGGUGCUCAGAAUAUCACAAAUGCCAUGCACUCUCCGAUGAAAAUGAUAAUUUGAUAUGCGUGCUCUACGUUGCCUCAGUUCCAACCUAUACAAUGAGAUUAAUAACACAAAAGACUUUGGCUAUGAUAGUUCAAGAGAAGACCGUAUGCUGGCAAUACUAAUUUAGUUAUAAUUUUCCAUAACAAUUCACAAAUUUUGAUAAUUUCCUGAUUCAAGCAUUAUAUUCACAUCUUA